AGGCCGUCUUCUACUCCAGCAUACUAUAAGUUAAACAGCUUGGUCACUACGUCGCAUGUGAGAGAGCUCACCCCACGCUCAACUCAGGCCUCCAUCACAGACAUGGAUCACCAACUGAAUCUCCCAUCGCCACGUCUGCCCCCCGAAAUAUGCGACUACAUUCUCGAUCACCUACGGGACGACCGCAAGACCCUCAAGGUCUGCAGCCGCGUCACGCGAGAAUGGCUUUCCAGGACGCGGAAACAUAUUUUCCAUUUCGUCUUAAUCAUCAACUUGCGGCUCCUCGCCUUUGAGGAUGUGAUUUCGCACUCAGGAGAUGCGGUAGCGCUCUGCGUCCGCGAGCUGCACUUGGUUUGGAACCUCAGGAAUGGUCUCUGUUCCCUCCCGAUCCCCGCUUCCGUGCCUCGAAUGCUGGCGUCUCUCGGCCGGCUGGAGAAGUUCGCUUUCAACAAUUCCGUGUGGGACGAUCGCAGCUCUUCUGCGGAGACUAUAACGUGGCCGGUGCUGCCCAUUGUGAACGCUCUUUACGUGAACAUCUGCACCUUAAAUGACGUCGUGAGCCUGCAACGAUUCAUCUGCGCAUGCCCCUCGCUCUCCUCCCUGAGGCUCGUGAUAAGAGGAACCUCAGAGCGCGACAGCUCGCGCACCCAUCCUCCAACGGUCAUCUCGAGAUCGAUAGUGAUCGAAACUUUCCGUUGCAAUGUCUGUGGGUCAGACCCCACACUUAGAUGGCUGCUGCAGGGUGGCCUGAAGCUGCGCAUACGUCGGCUGGCGAUCACAAAUGUAUGCGAUGAUCCGCUUUCGGUCGAUUUUCUCAGGAUGGGCGACGCUCAAGGCCUGUUGCGCGCAUCUGGUGAAUGCCUGGAGCAUCUCGUCGUCGACUUGGCACGUGAGGCCUUGUCCGCUUCGCCAGCGGGCCAACAAGCGGCGUUGGCGCACAAUCCAAACCUGGUCUCAAUCAACGUGUCGAAGGUGCUCUGUUGUUCAUACAAUGACUUGCCAUCCUCCACAGACUGGCCGAGCCUGCUCUCAAUUCUUGCCGACAUCCAGCCAAUGCACACCAAACUGCAGUCAGUCGAUAUCACGCUAUGUGAUAUCACCACGAAUAGCAAAAGCAUGCCUUGGGAGCAGCUCGAUGGCAUCAUGGCGCGUAUUGUGGAUAUCCACCCGCGCUUAGUCUUCACCAUAUGGAUUAUAUCCUCCGAUCAUCAUGUCAAACCAUGGCUGGCGGAGUUCGUCGAAGCACUAUUGCAAGGCUUGGUCAGGGUGCAGGCGGGGCGAGGCAGACUCUGUUUGAUGUGGCUGAUCGGGGACAAUGAGAAGAGGGAGUCAGGUUACCCUAUGACACCGUCGUGGUCCUGGUCCCAUCGGCUAUG